AUCAGAACUCCACAGAAAACUCACUUUGUCCACCUCUGAAAUACUGACAUCGAGAAGACUUCUGCUCACUUUGACUCAAAGAUUCACGACAUGCCUUCAGUGGGACUGGAGAUACUUGGAGUGGGUCUAGCUGUCCUGGGAUGGAUCUCAGCCAUUGUGUCCUGCGCCCUGCCCAUGUGGAGAGUGUCAGCAUUCAUCGGGGUGAACAUCGUCACAGCGCAGACCACUUGGGAAGGCAUCUGGAUGAACUGCGUGGUCCAGAGCACAGGUCAGAUGCAGUGUAAAAUCCACGACUCCAUGUUGGCUCUCACUGCAGACCUCCAGGCCGCCCGCGCUCUUACUAUCAUCUCCAUCAUGCUGGGCAUUGUGGGAAUCAUGGUAGCCAUUAUGGGGGCAAAAUGCACCAACUGUGUGGAUGACGAGUCGGCCAAGGCUCGGGUGAUGAUAGCUGCCGGGGUGGCCUUCAUCCUGGCCUCUCUGACCCAGCUGAUCCCUGUGUCCUGGUCAGCCAAUUCCAUCAUCAUGGAGUUCUACAGUCCAAUCAUACCUGAGUCCCAGAAGAGGGAGAUAGGGGGGGCUCUGUACCUGGGCUGGGCUGCUGCCGCGUUCCUGCUCAUCGGAGGGGGGAUUCUCUGCUCCAGUUGCCCCCAACAACCUGAGAAAAGGUACGGGCCUCCAUCAAAGGUGAUGUACUCCCAGCCGAGGUCUCUGGCCCCAAGUGGCUACGAUAGGAGGGACUAUGUCUGAACUCACACCUGCUCUUUCUCACAACUUCGCCAUCAUGGAAAAGACUGCUUGGAGAGAGCUCCAAUUUGUUUAUAACUUAUACACAUUUUUCUUAAUGUUGAGAUGGUGAAAACUAUUUUCAUGCCACUAUAUGCCAUUUAGAACAGAGCCUGACUUCAAAAUGUUUGCCUUUAUUAAAUCGUGUGUGUGUUACUUUGAUGCUGUUGGAGGCUAACAACUUGGUUAGUGAUGCUGUGUAGCCUGUAUUUUAUACUAUGGAAAUAGUUGUAUAAUUUGUGAUCCGAAUUCAGAAAAUACAUGAAUCUGCAUUUGUACUUCUUUAUUGUUUUUCACUGUAUUGGUUGUGUAUGUGUAUUGACAAGGAAGUUCAAGUAAACGUGUCAUGAAGUCAUUUCAUUUUGGAAUGUAUUCAGUGUGUAAAUCAGUUAAUCUGAAAUGUUUCAAUGUUCAACAUGUUCCAUUUUAAAUUAAAGGCCUUUUUGUAUUUAA